ACUUGAAUCACAGCUCCACCGGACUUUAUUAAAAAUUUUGGCAUCAGGUCCGUUCAGAAAUCAGAACAUCUCAAAUCUGAGGCAAAGAAUGUCGGCAAUGUUCAUCAGAGCAGAAAACGUCGUCGUUUCCGAUAACUAAGUCACAUUCUCUCUCUCUCUCUCUCUCUCUCCAAUGAGGCCGCACAAGCAAGUACCCUCCGUUAACCGGAGACCCACCGUUCUGUAUCUGGUGUGUGCGGCUGCAUUCUUCUCCCUGUUCCUCUUCUACCUCCAAUCCUCUUUCUUCGCAGGCUCUCUCUAUUCGGAUCGCAACUCCGAAACAAUCCGCGUCUUGUCUAACUUCCAGUCCACUGUUCAGCACUGUGUUGAUAACAGGGGGCUUGGACUCACUGCACAUGUUGUUGAUCAUUGCAAAUUGAUCCUUAAAUACCCCAAAGAUACCAACAGCACUUGGUACAAUACGCAGUUUAACAAAUUUGAGGAUUUGGAGUACCAUUAUGAUGUGUGUGAGACAAUCCUACUGUGGGAACAGUAUCGGAACAUGACUACGGUGUUGACCAGAGAGUAUCUUGAUGCUCGCCCUGGUGGUUGGAUGGAUUAUGCUCCACUAAGGAUAGCGCAAUUGUAUGGAUCUAAAUAUGCCAAAUAUGUUGGUCUUAAGAGGGAUUUCCGACUAGUUGUACGAGGUGCUGCUCGUAACAUGGUCCCUAUUCUAAAUGGGUCUGACACUGAGGUACUCAUAAUCAAAAGUCUGACGCACAGAGAAAUCAAUGCAGUUAUAAAGACUAUACCAAAUCCAGUCUAUCUCUUCCAAGGAAUUGUACUACGUCGAGGUGCGAAAGGAACUGGAAUGAAAUCUAUUGAGUUAGCGCUCUCCAUGUGUGAUAUUAUUGAUAUAUAUGGUUUCACUUUUGAUCCAGGAUAUACCGAAUGGACAAGAUACUUCUCUAAGCCUAGGAAGGGACACAAUCCACUUCAAGGAAGAGCAUACUACCAACUUCUAGAAUGCCUUGGGGUAAUCAGGAUUCACUCCCCCAUGAGAUCUAAGAGGAGGGAAGACUGGGCAGAUAUACCUAGUAAAGACAUGAUAAGUCAAGCACAUGCAGCAGCUUUGCACUUGAGAAAGAGUCAAACCGGUCAAGGUGGUGAUUUGGGGCAGUUUGGCAAUUGUAAGGUGUGGGGCAAUGUGGAUCCAGACAAAAGUGGACCUGUCUCAAGAUCACCAGACAUGAGUGAUGUCAGGAAAUAUUCAAAUUAUAGUAAAUGGGAAGUCAUGCCUUUUGAGAGUUUGAGGAAAGAAGCACAGGAUCAUUAUAACCAGAUGCAUGGGGUCUCUAUAUAUAAAAUGGAUGGCAAUAGGUUGGAUGAUUUAGUCUGUGUGAGACAUUCCUUAAAAUCUGAGGUGUAAAUAAAUGGUGUCUUUGUUGUUUAUUGUUAUUCUCGGAUCACACCCAACUGUCUUCUAAAUGGAACCUGGGAUGAAGCUACUUUCUGGCAGCUGCUGACAUAGCUCAUCAAAUUCAACAGUCGUUCUGCUUCUUCACUUAUUGCAGUUAUCAGAGCAGAAUAUCAACACCAAGUGAAAAUGAGGAAGUCAAUAUGCAUAAUUUCACCGAUCCAGAUGGUAGGGGUCUAGAAAUCACAACACAUGAAUUUUGACCUCAGAAGUUUGUUGUAACAUUUAUUCAGGUUUGGAAUGGACAGUGCUUAGUCCUUAGUAUGAUAGAUGUCUGUCUUUUAUAAUGUAUUAAUUGGCCAAAGAAAUGUUGGCAGAAAACAUUUUUAAUCACAAGAUUAUAUAUGAAAGGUGAUAGUCAGCUGCUCUGUGAAGUGGUUUUCAAAUGAU